AUGUCUUCAGAGUUAGAAAAGGAUAAACAAAGACUGGCUCAAGCUGCCAGAACAUUCUUCUAUUACAUGAGAGAUCUUUCUUCCUCCAUGAACACAUUUAUUGAGUUAUACAACCAAAGUAUGCAUACCCAGAUCCCCCCAGUAGCUGUGAAAGAAGAUAUUAACAUCAAGGAUGUAUGUGGACAGAUGUUCAGCGUAUUGAAAGAGGUACAGUCUGUAGUGGAUGCACAGCAUAGUAAUACACAGAAGGAGCCUAUCUGCUCCAGGAUUGCAACACCCAUGUGUUGCUUGGCUGAGAAGAGUACCAACCUGCAAGAGUUGCAGCGGUCAGCUAAAGAGAUGUUGCAGAAUGUCCACUCACCAGUCCUUAUCUCUGCACUGAAGAAUAGUAAUGUCCUGGGGAGCUUGGAGUCUUCUCUGGCCCUCCUGAUGAAAUCCCCCAUCAUGGAUCUUCAGUUAAGUGACUUCCAUAGAGAAGACACCAAGGGGCAAGAAGAUGCCACAGUUUCUGGAAAAAUGAUGACUCCAGAUCCUUCUAAAGGCACUGCAAUAGACACUUUGAAAAAACUACAGGAUGCACUAAAAACUGAGAACACCGACAAUCCCGUAGGAUCAGCAGCCGAUCAUUUGGAACAAAUUGUCAAGGCCAUGGAACCAACCUUAGAUGUCCUUCAAAAGUGUAGAAACACUAUGGAAAUGAGUACUUGCGUAUUUAAGAAAGUGGAUGGCAAGUAGGGGUAUGACAAAAGAAUUUUCAUUUCUGUCAGAUACCUCAUGAGUUUUCAUACUACUUUGAAAGAUGGCCUUUGUGCUAGACAUGGGGUAUGUUAGAACAUAAGUGCAGACAGUAGUCAAUUGGCAACCACUUGUAGUUUUUGCAGUGUUAAAAAUAAAAAGAAAGAAUGAAAGUCAGCAUGGUUAAAAAAUGACAGUUACAAUUUCAUUGUGUUAACUCCUUUCUCAGGGAGGUAGCAUCUCCUGUCUCGGUAGCAAGAUAGCUGUGUUAGGAGCUAAUACUGCGCUCUCAUUCUACUGCCAAUUCAAAUUCCAGAAAAGUACCUUGAGUAUAUCCCAUGUGCCUUCCAAGAAUCAUUUUCCUUUCUUUGAGUCCCCAUGUCCCUGGGGAAGAAAUACCCUGACUGGCUAAGGAAGUGGGUUGAGCCAGCUCUGUAUCAGUGGUUAG